CGCGAUUGCAGCAGUGGCUGCCGCUGCGCCGCACGGGCCGGGCCGAGGGCGCCUGCAGCUGCUCGCGCGCAGCCGGGGGCUGAGGACCAGGACCCGCGGGCUGAGACUUGACACUUCUGCGCCGGGCCGCCUGCCACUUAGCGUGGGGCUCCCUCUACCCGCCCCAGAGCCACGCGAUUAAAAAAAAAAAAAUCAGCCCUUAGCCCCCUCCUCCCCUUUCCUGCUUCUGCGAGAACUCCCUCCCUCCUUCCAGCUCCGCCGGCCCCGGCGCCCCUGCCCUGGAAGCCGAGCGGCUCCGCUCGCAUUUCGCCGCCGCCGCCGCCUCUCGCAGUAUUGCAAUAUAGGGGAGAAGCAGACCAUGGUGAAUCCGGGCAGCAGCUCGCAGCCGCCCCCGGUGACGGCCGGCUCCCUCUCUUGGAAGCGCUGCGCAGGCUGCGGGGGCAAGAUUGCGGACCGCUUUCUGCUCUAUGCCAUGGACAGCUACUGGCACAGCCGCUGCCUCAAGUGCUCCUGCUGCCAGGCGCAGCUGGGCGACAUCGGCACGUCCUGUUACACCAAGAGCGGCAUGAUCCUCUGCAGAAAUGACUACAUUAGGUUAUUUGGGAAUAGCGGGGCCUGCAGCGCCUGUGGACAGUCGAUUCCUGCGAGCGAGCUCGUCAUGAGGGCUCAAGGCAACGUGUAUCAUCUCAAGUGUUUUACAUGCUCUACCUGCCGGAAUCGCCUGGUCCCAGGAGAUCGGUUUCACUACAUCAAUGGCAGUUUAUUUUGUGAACAUGAUAGACCCACAGCUCUCAUCAAUGGCCAUUUGAAUUCACUUCAGAGCAAUCCACUACUGCCAGACCAGAAGGUGGAUCCCAUGUGUCUUCAGUAGACCUCUGUAACCAGCGCCCGCCCCAUGCCUUCGCACCUUCUUUAGUCUUGAGUGCCCUUCCUGCAUUUAUCGGUGUAUUAAAAUGACUGAAUAUGGACAUUAAGGACUCCAUGAACCUGGGCUAAUGGGAGACGGUAGCGAGAAUGAAAAAAGAUCCACCGAAGGACAUCUUGGGGGGGGGAGGGUGCUUGGGGGGAGGGGAAUGACUAAUGAAGCUAAUUAAAAGAAGCAUUGGAAUCUGCUUUCUACCCUCAUUAACAAUUAGCAGGGCACCGGCCAGAGUUUGUACCCUGUGUUUUACCUUAACAACAUUCUGUUUGCUCUUUGUAUAUUUAAGUGUUGUAAUGAAAUGUGUUUCAAUCAAACUGAACAUGAGUUAAAGGAAAAGAGAUGUGGCUUUUGUGAUAUUAUAUCACGAACACUUUUAUUGUAUCUCUGUAAAAUACAAUGUAUGUAUGCAUGUGAGUGUUCUUGUCCUGAUGUUGCUCCGCCCAUGGCAAAGAUUAAAAAGAGAAAAGAAAAAAAAAAUACAAAAAAGGAAAAAAAGAAAAAAAGAGAGUCAGGCUGAUAGCCGCUACUAUGUAGAAAUCCCCCUACUUCUAAUUUGCUGAAUGAAGAAAAAAAAUCUUUUAUUUGUGAUAUUUUCAGAGACAUUUGCUCUAGUAUGGUGUAUUUAAAUAAUAAAAACUUAAAAGAAAAAUAUUCAACAGAGUUUGGGUUUAAACUCUGCUUUUUCUCUUAUGUAUUUUGGAAAAAUUAGUGGUAUUUUUGUUGUUGUUGUUGUUGUUGUUAUUGUUGUCGUCUACAACAAACAUUUAAAUUUAGGGGUGAGGGUGGGGUUGACACCUGUAUUUAGCUCCAGGCUAAUAAAGUAGUCCUCACAUUAUUUCACCAUGCCAUUUUGAUCGAAGAACGUCGGGUUAACAGCACUUUGCAUCCGAGGCUUUGGUGUGUAUACAUGGAUACUUGCUGGCCGUUUCUGCUCUGCUCUCAGUAGGAAAGCCUUGGGUAUUAUUGGUCACAGCACAAGCAUCUUCUCCUCUCAGGUUUUGUAGCUUUUGAACACAGCAGCAUUUCUCCAGCCAUCUGUGUGUAAUCUGAAGCCCCGUUAGUUUAGGGACUCCAGAGCUCACUCUGGCCUUGGUGGUCUUGGAUGGGAGCCCUGGGACUGUUGACCUGUGGUAGCCCUGUUCCUUUUGAGCUUCUUCCUUGAUGCCUUUUCCUGGUAAUUACUGGGGGAGGAUUCAGGUCUCCUUCAGUCUUGAGGUAGUUGCUGGCUCCUAGUUGCUAAUCUCAGAGAGUCUCCACCACAGUGGCCACAGAGGUUCCUCUGGAAGCUGUGGAGUACCAUGCUUCAGUAGCUGCCCUGUUCCUACUGGACCUAGCAAGAGCCAAAUGGGCCUGGAUGCCAGGGUGCUACCAUGACUGGUUCCGUGGGGCCCACCUCAGCUGCAGCCUCACAGGCUGCUGACACCUGGGCUUUCAUGCUGCUAGUGCUGUUGUCUAAAAAGAGUGUUUUAUUUUGUUUGAUCGAAUCUCCUGAUGAAGACCCUGCUCACUUCCUGCUUCCAGAGAUCCAAGCCAGGGGGAGAAGUUGGUUGUUGAAACAGCAGACCUCCUGUAAGAGAAUUUAAAGGCAGAAUGUUAAAGUGAAUCAUUUGCCUUCGUUUUAAAAAAAAAAAAAAUGCAAGGAGAAUAACAAAAGAUAAAGAAAUACAUGUGUGUUCAUCACACACACACACACACACACACACACAAUCUGAGGAUCCACCUUGGAGAAUUUCUCUAAACUUGUUCUGAUUUUAACUACUCCCCCUUCCCCCCUUAAGCUACUUUCUGAAAGAAUUUGGUCUGUUCAAGGGGGAAGGUGUUGUUCAGAGGAGUGCAGACAUCUAUGUUUUUAGCAAAAGCACUCAUGUCACAUGUAGUGUGGAAAUUCAAAGGACGUGGCUAAUAACUUUUAGUAAUACAGUAUGGCAUUCAGCGAUGGGGAGGGCAAAGGUCAUUACCGCCUUUUAAAUGAACUGUUAUAUGGCUGACUCCUCAAGCACUGUGGCGUAUUUCCUAACGAGCUUCUAAAAGCAUUUCUUAAGUUGCAGGACCUAUAAGAUUACAAAUGUCACUCAUGUUAGUAUAAUCCACAUGCAAGUGAUGAAGCCUUCUCUUUGAUGUGCUAAAUUGGAGAAGGACUAAUGGAGCUAUGAAUAUACAAUAGAACAUAUUUAAGUAGUAGUCUUGCUUUAGGUAAAACACUUUCUUGAAACCAGAGGCAUUUCAGACAAUAAAACCCGGCUCUAAUGGGGAUGCUCGAUGUGGAUAGACAGCUACUAAAAACACUCAGGUUUAUUCUGAUAUAAGCAGUGAUGGUGUGCCGUUCCUCCCCAAACCCAAUGUUUCGUUGGGGGUGGGGGACCCUGAGCUUACCCACCUUUCUUGCACUACAUUUGUGAUGUGGGUAUGUGUUCUGAAAGACGAAAAAACCACGUCACACAGCAAGACAGGCCCUGGUCCUUACAAGCACGCACAAUUAAAAUAAAAGCAAACAUUCCUGAGCCUUGCUGAACUCCUGAUAAAAAAUUAUGUUUAUGAUACAUAUAAAUGUCUCAAUCAUGCAAAUUGUCACUCUUGCUAAUGAAACAAUUUUGUGUGAAGAUUGUCCUCUAAAGGGUUUAAUGGGUUUUUUGGUUUUUUUUGUCUUUUACCUGUGUGUCUGCCUAGACUUACACACACAAAAAGCCUGGGAGCCUGAAGACAUUCCAAACUAAAUCAUUCCCCACAAGAAACUAUUUCCAGCCCUUUCUGGUUUACUAGGAAAUAGUUUAACGUGGACUGUUGUGUCUCAUAACAUGAAGUGAGGAGACUGUGGCAUGGAAAUGAAGCAUGGGAAAUAACCAGCCCCUUAAUAUUAACUAUAUUUAAAUUCUUUCUGUUGCCUUUAUUCACACUGAUAUUUAAAACAACUAAUCAUCUAAAAUGAAGCUCUUCCAUUAGAUGCCUUUAAGUGUCAGUAUAGUAAGAUUCUAAUGUUCAGUACUGGUUACAUAAAAUAUUUCUGAGGGUCAAUAAAUUAUGGAACAAACAGUGAAUCCAAGAGCUAUCUAUCGAGAGCAGAGUGAAGAGUUUCCAUAUAGCUUAAAUAAUUGUUGUGAAUUAAAAGUGGUUGCCCAAAGAGACUUUCAGGGGCUGGGGUGGGUUGGGGGUGGAGGUGGUGGGGGCGGUGAGUCCCAUCCCGGACCCUCGCUGCCUCGCCCUCACUUUAGGAGGAUGUUGCCAACACAGAUCAUUUACAAGUUAAUGUUCAUCUUGGUUUUGUUACCUAGACUCACCUAUUGUCAGUCCAGCCAAGUCACAGGAAUGCUUACUGCAGUUAAAAAGCAAUUUGUUUCCACGAAACUGCAAUUAAAGUAUUACCAAGCAGCCAUUUUAGAUUGGCAGUGCUCUGAAGGCAUGUUAAACAGCCAGCAACUUGCACUUGCAGAGGCUGAGAUCUGACAGGCGGCAAAGGAUAACACCUUUGCCGGCACUGAGCACCUAGUUAACUGGCAUUUGUAGCUCUCUCUUCCCAUUGUACACAUGCUGAGAGCAACACGUCAGGACCUAUUUUUGGAAGGUGAACUUGUAACUCACCUCAAGUGAAUAUGAUUUUCGCUUGUACAGGGCGUGCUUUAUGCGCAUAGAUGUGGAGAUGUGUGCACGCAUCCUAGAGGGAAUGUUUUCAGGUUUGGAUUGAUUCUGCUGAGAAUGGACUGCAACUCAGAGGCCUCAAGCCAAUAAUGUACUACAGGUCCUGACAUGUUACAGCUGUGUAAACAGGGCAUUCUCUCUCCUAAAUCACAACUAAUAAAGCAUAGGAUGAAAAAUCAA